UGUCAAUCAGAUUGUCAAUAACCCUAAUAACUGGGUACAUCGAGGCCCCCCAUUGCCCACGAUUACCUUCGAUCAGAGUCCCCCGCCCUAACACUCUCCCAUCCCGCGAGCGAAGGACGGGAGGUCGAGUCCCGGGAUUCCAAGGGAAGAGGACUUCCCUCUUCCUUCCCUGCGGUCAAAGCCAUGGCAGUGCCCGGGAGGCGACAGGGGAACCAGGCAAGCUCAGCGCAGCUUGGAGAGGCCCCAGAGAGCCCGGGGUGGCUGAGCGCAGAGGGGGAAGAGCGCCAGGCUGGGGCGGGACUGGAGCCCGAGGCGGAGCCCGAGCCCGAGCCCGAGCCGGAGCCGGAGGAGGAGCUGCCGAAAGACGAGGAGCAGUUGGAGCCGCGGGGUCCCCGCCCCCCGCCGCCCGUCCCGCCCUUGCGGGCCAGCCACGGGCUCAAGAGGAAGCCGGCCAAGGUGGAGGCCGAGCUGCAGCUGCAGCUGGCUGAUUUGAGAAGGCCGCCCUUGAGGAAGGAAGAAGCUGACCGAGCCCGGGGAGAACCCUCCCCACCAGCCAAACAGCACAAGAAGGCCAAGAAGCGCAAGAGCCUGGGGCUGCCACCCCCUCUGGCCACUGCCACUGUGGCCCCCACCCCAGCAGAGGCCCUUGGACUGGAGAGAAAGGCUCAGCGCCUGAGGCCACUGUAUCAGUACAUCAACUACAGCAACCCUGAGUUGAACCAGGCUGGCGAGGGAGAAGCUGAGGUUGGAGUGGACCCAGCCUUGGUCUCAGAAGAGGCAUCUGGAGGCUCAGAGGAGGCUGGGGCAGAGAGGCCACAGGCCUCACCUCUGGGAGAGGAGGGAGGAGAAGAGCCUGUGCACAUCCUGAGCUUUACUCCGAGCAGUCAGCUGAAGGCAGAGGUGGAUAAGUCGACACAGGUGGACAUUGACAAGAUGCUGAGUGUGUGUGCCGCUCACUUGGUUCCCCCACUUUCCCCCCAGUAUAAGUGACAGAACCUCAGCUGCUAAUCCGGCUCAGGCAGAGGCUGCAGCUGAGUGAGCCAGCUCACAACAAUGGGCUCUGGAAGGAGGGGCGCUUUGCUGUGAAACCCUUUUAUUGGCCAGAAGGCCCCAAGGGGCUUUGUGGUGUCUCCACCUAAACGCCCUUACAUCCUCUUCUCCCCCUGGUGGCAUUACUGGAUGCAAACCUUCUUAGGCUUACUGGCAAUAAACAUUUUUAGCAAUUUUUGGCCUUUGGCAUUAUUGCCUGUGGGAUUGGCGUCACUGAGGAGAACUAGGGAAAUGGGCAGCUGAGUGUUAUGUCUUCUCCCCUUGGACUCAUUUUACAAAGAAGAUUGAAGUUCAAGAGUAAAAAAAGAAGGAGUUUUUUAGAUUCCUGUUGUGGGUGCACAAGGGUUGUGUGUGCAUGGAGCCCCUAGAGAUUUAAUUAUAAUUUGUUGUUGUUGUUGUUGUUUGUGUGGGGCAGUGGGGGUUAAGUGACUUGCCCAGGGUCACACAGCCAGUAAGUGUGAAAUGUCUGAGGCUGGAUUUGAACUCAGGUACUCCUGAAUCCAGGGCCAGCGCUUUAACCACUGCACCAUCUAGCUGCCCCUAAUUAUAAUUUUUUUAAAAAAAGAGAUUUAUUUAUGAUAGCUUACAUUUCCUUAGCAUCCUAAUGGUUCCAUGAACAAGGCAAGUAUUAUGCUAAUGACAACGCUAAGGAGCACCUGAUUUAAAUACAGGUUUGCCUGAGCCCAAGCUCAGCUUCAAGUAUGGUAAGAAUGCUGGAUUUGGGAUUGGGAAACGCGGGUUUGAAUUUUGUCUUGUAUUUAUUAGUAAGACUUUGAAUGAGCCACUUAAUUACACUGGGUCUUGGUUUCUUCGCCUGUCAAAAGGAGGUUAUAAUAAUAGUCCAUGUUUUCCAGG